AUGAGCUCCUGGGUGUCCGUUGAAAACUUCCUGCACGGCAAAAAGGCGGCGUAUGUCCGACGUGGCCUGGUCCUUUUUGGUCUCUACGGUGUAGCCAGCGACUACUACCUGAUGCACUAUUAUAAGGCGUUUGACCCAAGUGAGGGACAAUUGUACGUAAUCGACUGGAGUCCCAUUGGACGCCCACGGUGCCAGGUGCAUGUGUUACCCAGCAAUCACUACCCAAAUUACACGCCGUGGACGCCCAGGAAUGGCGACGUCGUACUCGCGCGCACGGUACCAAAUGAACCCAACUGGCUCCAGCUCAUCAACGGACGUUUCGUGGAAAAUCAAACAUGUGGGGUGCCUCUCGCGAUACCCCUUGUGGAGGUGCAAGAGAAAGAGAACCAGCGGAAGCGAAAGGAGGAGAAGUCGCAAAAAAUUCUUUAG